CAUGAUUAUUAUGCCAUAAAUAUAUGGCCUAGUCAAUUUCAAUUUUUUUUAAAUUUAAUUUAACUUUUUUAACGUUCAUACAAGGUUAUUCCCGAAACGGAAAAAAUCUAAACGGAAUCAUGACGGGAUUAUAUAUACGCUUAUCUUUACCUGAAUCGAAAACUAACUGAUGCAUCGCAGCCUUCCUUCUUGCACAGCCCCCAACGCCCUCUGCUUUAAAUUUAAGCCUUCGAGUCCGAGUUGCACCGGCGACGACACGAUGGCGAUCUGUUGGGAGGAGAUGGAGAUCACUCGAAUGCGGCGGAAGAUCAUGAAGGAGGCUAGGAGGUCGAUGCCGGAGCUCGGCGCCGGCCGAGUCAUGUACUUGGUCAGGGCCUUCGAGAGGCUCCUCUCCCUUUCGCAGCAGAUCAAGACGGCCGGCGUCGGCGUCGGCGUCGGAGCCGGGAAGAAGAAGGGCAUGCUGACGCUGACGACGAUGGACCUCGUGAAUUGGGCUCUGUUUCAAUCGCCAGAAGAAAUCUUCAGCGAGGAGGACUACGACUAUCCCUUCUCCCCUGUUUCCCCUGAACUUGAGUCCCACGAAGCAAAUUUUGCUGCAAGAUUUAGCUUUGCGAGUGUUGGUGAAUCUGAUGCAGCAGAAAGGAAGACUGGUUUAUCAAAAAAGCGCUGGAUCAAAAAGCUGAAGGUGAGGAAGCAGAAGACAUUCAAAAAGAGAAUUGAGGUACUAAACAAAUCAAUAUAG